AUGAGACUGGAAGAACCUCCCUCCUAUAAACCACCAACCCCCAAGGCCAAGCUGGAAGAACCAGAGCUGCCCUCCCAACUCUUCACUCUGGGGGCCUCAGAGCACAGCUCAGUGAAGACGCCCUACUUCGAUGCUGGUGUCUCUUGUGCUGAUCAGGAAACGCCUCGGUAUCACGAGCUGCCCACCCUGGAAGAGCGGUCAGGGCCCCUGCUUUUGGGAGCCACAGGCCUGGGACCCUCUCUUCUGGUACCUCCAGUACCCUCUGCUGUGGAGGGGGUUUCCCUGGAUCUUGAAGACGAGGAGGAAGAUGAGGAGGAAGAAGACUUCCUGGAUAAAAUUAAUCCUAUUUAUGAUGCCCUGUCCUACCCCAGCCCCUCUGAUUCCUACCAAGGCAAAGACUUUUUUGUGUCACGGGCCAUGUAUGUGUGAGGCACAGAGCCUCUGAUCUCUCACCUUUCACCCUUGACCCCCCCCCCCCAGCUUCCCACCAGUGAUCUAGGACACUCUGACUUCCAGACAAGCCAGGGUCAGCUAUCAUCCCUACAAUCCACCUGUGACUUCUUAGUGGCUCCACCGUGACCUCCAACUUAUGAUUCUGACCCAGACAGACCUGCGUGGCUGGAAACCUGGGAAUUUUAGCUCCCGAGGCAGCACCUCUGACCCCUUCAAGGAGUCCUAAGACUGUGAUGGUCUGACCUUGCCACUCACUGCCCACUUCUAUCUCACCUACCCCUAAAGAAGACUUGGGACCUUGGACUUGCCCUCAGGCAAUAGAGUCCCUACAGGUCUGCAAGAAGGGGAUCAGGGGCCCCCUGCUGCUCAGACCUGAGCCCUCCAGGCAGCAGAAGCUCACCUGAUCCCUCCCCACCCUCCUUCCCAAAGGUGAAAAGAAGACUCCCCUGUGUAAGGUAGGACCUCCCCAUCUCCACCCACUCCUGCAGGCAGGAAUCUCAGGGUUCAUACCCUCUUCUCAUCACCCGGCACCCCAGUUCCUGUCUCCAGAGCUGGAGGGGAGAGGCUAAUGUAAGUGUGCCUUGCCACCCCAGGUUUGAGAGAUUUGCUCUCAUCUUGAAGACUACUGAAUCCUUUUGUCCUCUAUCUAAGGGAAGGGAGUUACACAUCCCUCUUUAGGGGGUUGGCAUGUGUAUGAGAUGGGGCAUCUGGGCAUCUGGGUUGGGAGUUUGGACAAUAUUAUUUUGUAAGCAUUUCCUACAAAAUA